UAUGUUUUUUCAGACAGUUGAUUUCCAUUCCAAAAAAAGCCCCCCCAAGAAAGAAAACUAAACAUGACUUCUCCUCCUUUCUUCUUCCUCAAAGCUCCCUUCCUCUUCUUCCACAGAUUUUUCUCCAAGAAAUUCCGACGAGCCAUGGCCGCAGUUCACCGUAAACACCACCAAAAACAACCAUCUCCAACGAAACUCCCUGUAAACGGCGACGGCAAAGUUAUGAUCUUUAACGUGGAAGAAGGUCUAUUAAAACCCUCAUCUCCGUAUUUCUUCUCAUAUUUCAUGUUGGUCGCUUUUGAAGCAAGUGGACUACUCCGUGCGACAGCUUUAUUGAUGUUGUACCCUUUAAUCCGACUUGUCGGCCAAGAAAUGGGGUUGAAGAUUAUGGUGAUGAUAUCAUUUUUUGGAGUGAAAAAAGAAAACUUUAGAAUUGGAUCAUCAGUUUUGCCUAAAUUCUUUCUAAACGACGUUGGAUUGGAGGCGUUCGAGGCUUUGAGAAAAGGGAAGAAGAGAAUUGGAUUUAGUAAUGUUUUUCCUCAAGUUAUGAUUGAGAGCUUUUUGAGAGAUUAUUUGGAGGUUGAGGAAGUGGUUGGGAGAGAAUUGAAGGUUUUUUGUGGAUAUUUUGUGGGCUUGAUGGAUGAAAAGGUGAAGGUUUCUUCAUUGUUUAAUUUGAUUAAUCAUGAUCAAGAAGAAGAAGAAAAAGAAAAAGAGAGUGAUGUGUUUGAUAAGAAUGGCAAUUUGAUUGGGAUUUGUGGCUCUCAAAAGGGUUAUGAUUUUCAGUUACUUUCUUCCAUUUGCAAUGAGAUCUAUACAGUGGGUGAAGCAGAAAAGAAAAGGUGGAAGCAACUCCCUAGAGACAAUUUUCCAAAGCCAUUAGUGUUUCAUGAUGGAAGAUUAGCCCUAAACCCAACUCCUUUCGACACUUUUGCCCUAUUCAUUUGGCUCCCUUUUGCCCCAAUUCUUGCUUUCAUUAGAAUAUUUGCUUACAUGUGUUUGCCUCCUAUUUUAUCAUACCCCAUCAAUGCUUUAAGUGGAAUGAACGUCACUGUGUCAAACCCCAUCAAUAAAACCAAAUCCAAUAACAAUAAUAAUCAAGGCCUUCUAUAUGUUUGUAACCAUAGAACACUCCUUGAUCCUCUCUACAUUUCAGCUGCAUUAGGAAUCAACAAACCUACAGCUGUGACCUAUAGUCUAAGUCCAAUCUCGGAAUUCUUAUCGCCAAUUCGAACCGUUCGAUUGACACGAAACCGGAACCAAGACGCAACCCUAAUGGCGCAGUUGCUGUCCAAGGGGGAUGGAAACUUGAUUGUUUGUCCUGAAGGAACCACAUGUAGAGAGCCGUAUCUCCUUAGGUUUAGCCCUUUGUUCACUGAGAUUAGUAAAAAAAUUGUGCCUGUUGCAAAUGAUACACAUGUUACUAUGUUUUAUGGCACAACUGCAAGUGGGUUCAAGUGCUUUGAUCCAUUCUUCUUCUUGAUGAAUCCUAAACCAUCUUACAUUGUUAAGAGAUUGGAUAUGGUUGAUGGGUUAUUGUUUGGAUCAUCAAAUGAUGAUCAAAAUUGUUCUUCGAGGUUUGAUGUGGCUAAUUUUGUGCAAAGUGAGAUUGGUAAAGCUUUGGGAUUUGAGUGUACAAAGCUUACUAGAAGAGAUAAGUACUUGAUUUUGGCUGGCAAUGAAGGGAUUGUACAUUCAAAAUAGUGUAUGUGUGUAUAUACAAGGGAAAAAUAUGUGUAAGAGAUGAUCGAUUAGUUAUUUAAUUGAUUUGAUGUAUUUACACAUGAGAUUGAUGUUUUGUAAGUUUAAUUUAUAUAUUUGAUGUAUUGUAUAUAAGAUAUACAAACAUUAUUAAUCAAUGAUUAUGUUGAUUGUAUUGA